UGAGUGAGAGAGCGAGAGAGAGCGAGAGUGUGAAAGACAGUGAGAGAGAGAGACAGAGAGAGAGCGAGAGUGUGAAAGACAGUGAGAGAGAGAGAGAGAGAGAGAUUGGACGGAGGUAAAUCAGCAGAAGACUGUCAGUGGAGCGAAACGCAAGAAAUGAAGCGGAAUAAAGAGACAAAGUGUAAACCUCAGCUGUGAUGGAGUUCUCUAACUUCUCCUCACAGACUCUUAUUGUUACUAGUCACGUGUGUUACUUUUUAUUUCCUUCUGUAUAUUAAAUAGCAAAGCAGUUUAAUUCCAAAGAAACUCUAACUUAUAUUAGAUAUCGCAGUCUGAUUGCGGUUAUCUUCUUCCUCUCUCUUUGCUCUUUGUUUUUUUAUUAUUUUUGAGCGUUAUUAAAAGAAAUCAGUAAUCAUGCCGGAUCAGCUGUCAGUUUCUGAGUUUAUAGACAUUACCAGUGAGGAUUAUAAAGCACCUACAACAUCGAUCUUCACCACAAGAAUGGGCCACUGCCGGAACACAGCGGCUGGACUCGAGGAGGCUCUCGAUGCAGACCGGAGUGUUCUGAGCAAAAUGAAGAAGUCUGUCAAGGCCAUAAACAGCUCUGGCCUAAGCCAUGUGGAGAAUCAAGAGCAGUACAUUCAGGCUCUGGAGAAGUUCGGAGAGGUGUGUUUGUAUAAAGACAACCCAGAAGUGGUAGCAACAUUCCACAACUUUGCUGUCUACACCAAAGAACUCACAGCACUCUUCAAGAACUUACUACAGAAUAUGAACAACAUCAUCACCUUUCCUUUAGACAGUCUGCUGAAAGGAGACCUGAAAGGAGUGAAAGGGGAUUUAAAGAAGCCUUUUGAUAAAGCCUGUAAGGACUAUGAAACCAAAGUUAAUAAGAUUGAGAAAGAGAAGCGGGAGCAUGCCAAGCAGCAUGGGAUGAUCAGGACAGAGAUCAGUGGAGGAGAGAUCGCUGAGGAGAUGGAAAAAGAGAGACGAGCCUUUCAGCUCCAGAUGUGUGAGUAUCUCAUCAAAGUGAAUGAAAUCAAAAUCAGGAAGGGGGUUGACUUGGUGCAGAACCUCAUCAAAUAUUUUCAUGCCCAGUGCAAUUUCUUUCAGGAUGGGUUAAAAGUUGUGGAGAAUCUUAAACCAACCAUGGAAAAACUGUCUACAGACUUAACAGGAGUUAAACAAGCACAAGAAGGAGAAAAGAAGCAACUGAUCCAGCUUCGAGAUAUUUUAAAGUCAUCCUUACAAACAGAACAAAAAGAAGACUCUCAGGCCAAACAGAACACAGGCUACAGUCUCCACCAGCUGCAGGGUAACAAGGCUUAUGGCACAGAGCGCACCGGGAUGCUCUCCAAACGCAGUGAAGGGCUGAGGAAGGUGUGGCAGAAACGGAAGUGCUCAGUGAAGAGUGGAUAUUUGACCAUUUCCCAUGGAACGGCAAACACACCACCAGCCAAACUCAACCUGUUAACCUGCCAAGUGAAAUGCAACCUAGAAGAAAAGAAGAGCUUUGAUCUCAUAUCCCAUGACCGUACAUAUCAUUUUCAAGCGGAAGAUGAAGCGGAAUGUCUAAUAUGGGUGUCUGUGCUGCAGAACAGUAAAGAAGAGGCCCUGAACAAUGCAUUUAAAGGGGAGCAGGACGAGGGUGAGAACAAUAUCGUGCAGGAGCUUAGCAAAGCCAUCGUGAGUGAAGUGAAGAGGAUGAGUGGCAACGAUGUGUGCUGUGACUGUGGAGCUCCUAAUCCAACAUGGCUCUCCACGAACCUGGGGAUUCUGAUCUGCAUUGAAUGCUCGGGUAUCCAUCGGGAAAUGGGGGUGCAUUACUCCAGAAUACAGUCUCUGACUUUAGAUGUGCUGGGAACAUCAGAACUCUUGCUGGCAAGGAAUGUGGGAAAUGCAGGCUUCAAUGAUAUCAUGGAGGCAAAACUAUCAGGAGAAGAAAUACCCAAACCCACCCCCUCUAGUGACAUGCAGAGCCGCAAAGAUUUCAUCACAGCUAAGUACACAGAGAAGCGCUUUGCUCAGCGCAGACGUACUGACGCGACCGCCAAACUGCGCAGCCUGUAUGAUGCGGUGAAGAGCCGUGACAUCUUCUCCCUGCUGCAGGCAUACGCUGAUGGAGUGGACCUGACCGAGACCUUCGCUAUGGCCAGUGAACAUGAGCAGGGUGAGACAGCGCUACAUCUGGCCGUGCGAAUAGUAGACAGAAACUCUCUUCAUAUUGUAGACUUCCUUGUACAGAACAGUGGGAAUCUGGACAAACAAACUAUAAAAGGAAACACAGCACUUCACUACUGCUGUCUGACAGACAACAGCGAGUGUCUGAAACUUUUACUGCGGAGCAAAGCCUCCGUCACCAUGACCAAUGAAGCUGGAGAGACACCACUGGACAUUGCCAAGAGGCUGAAGCACACACAGUGUGAGGAGCUGCUGACGCAGGCACAGACUGGCAAGUUUAAUGUUCAUGUGCAUGUGGAGUAUGAGUGGUGUCUGCACAAUGAAGACCUGGAUGAGAGUGAUGAUGAAAUGGAGGACAAGCCAAUCCCUCAGAAGCGAGAGGAGCGACCCGUAAGCUGCUUCCUCUCAAGCAACCCCUCUAUCCAACCCAACAUGGCUGCCCUGGCACGGGAUGUGGUCAACGCUGUCCGGGAAAAGCAGAGAAGCUUCAUCUCCAGCAUGGUGUGUAACGAGACCUAUGGCACCAUGAUGGAUCUCAGUUCCCCUCCCUCUAACAUACUCACUGUCCCUAUACCGCAGCUCCCUCCACGCAUCCCAGCCAUGGGAGUUGGCAGUUGGAAGCCUAUGGAGACAGUAGGGAGGCAACGAUCCUCCUCAGACCCGCCCAAUCCUACCAGUCCAGACAGCAACGUCUAUGUUCUUCCUCCUGUUCCUCCUGCUCCUCCUCCUCCUCCAAAUGUCAAGAAGACAAGUGUCCAGGAACCUAAGGUCUACACAAAGAAUGCCCCUCUGCCUCCAGUGCCACCAGCGCCGCCAGUCCCGCCCAUUAUUCAGAAGCUUCCAGUGCCCCCAGCCCCCACCAUUCCCACUGCCCCACCACUUAUUCCAGUGCCCCCUCCUCCCCCAAUGCCCCCACCUCCAUACAAACCCGCACCAACUAUACCCCUACAGCCCAGAACCACACUCAAACCCAUCGCAGGAACUGAGAAAAAUCUUCCCAAACUGCAACCAAGAAGGCCUAGGCCUGGUGAAACAGCUGACAAAGAUGCUUCCCUGUCAGCACCGAGUUCUGUACCUACAUCACCCCCUGCUCCACCCCCUGUCCCCAAACCUAGAGUGCCUCAGAUAAAAACUAAACCAAAGCGGGUGAAAGCUAUCUACAAGUGUGUGGCUGAUAACCCAGAUGAGCUGACUUUCACUGAGGGAGAGGUGAUCAUAAUAGAUGGAGAGGAAGACAAGGAGUGGUGGGUGGGACACAUUGAGGGGGAUCCUACCAGAAGAGGAGCUUUUCCUGUUUCAUUUGUGCACUUCAUCUCUGACUGAUAUUAGCUCAGAUCUGAGAUGGACACUGAAACUGCUGCUGCAGAUUAUGGGAUUGUAUCUCACCUACUGCCACAUGCUGAGGUUUAAUAGAAUAAUUAAAUCCAUCAUUCAUUCCGUAAGCUUCCUUUUAUUGUCAGCCAUCUCACUCCAGCGAUUUAAUGCCUUGAGCAUGGAUUAAUUAGUAUGUUGGUGUGAGGCUAAAAAACAGCUGGACCUCUAUUCUUGUGUUUAAAGAGUAUUUUAUAUGUAUUGGAGUUUGGUUGCAGAGCAACCUCUCAUCUCAUGUAACUCUUAAUUUUUCCCUAAGCUCUGUUACUGCACAAAGUCAUUAAAUAUUUUGUUGUUUUCACAAUGGUGGAUUGUUUUCUGAAAUUACACUUUGUAACAAAAUAGAAGGUUAUGUACAUAAACAUGUUGUGCCUGAGUAGAGGACUACAAGGGUGGUUUCCUUAGCAACUAGUGGACUUUCUGUUUGCUCAUUUCCUUGAUUACCAAUAGUGAAGUCAUUACCUUGUGACAGUGACCUCACUACUAGUGGGUAGCCUAAAAAAUGUCCCCAUUAUGUAAUACUUGUCCUCUUGACAUUUGUGUGAACCCUAGUAACCAUGGUUACAUAUGUAACUGUUCUACUUCCUUUUGUCCUGGACUGCCAAGGCUGUUUCCUUCAGAACCAGUCAAGGCCAAAUAUCAAAGUCAUUAUAAGGAUUAAUAACACAUCCUGAUGGUGCAGUUCACCUACUGUACUUUACUAAGGAUAAGAAUCACUUAACAUUCUUAUAGUGCUCUCUAUUCAUGGUGAGAAUUACCCAUGGUGCUGAUAUUGUACACUUCUGAGGAUAAGAAUUGCUCAGAGUCUUAAAAUGGUAUUCUGUUGUGCGUAUUACUUGAACUCACCACAGACCACGUGAGUUGCGAUGAAAACAUGGAAUCUGUAAAAUCUGAAUCCCUAACCCUAACCCUAACCCAAGGUAGAGGGUGAACUCCAUAUCUCCUUAUAACUUAUAAGUGUCAGCAUGUGACACUCCACUUUACUGAUGCCCAGGAUGUAGCCAUAGCAUAUGUUGCAUGGCACGUACACAUGGCAGAAGACACCUCUUGACCUGAAGUAUGCUUGCACCAUUAUUUAACAGGCUAACUCGUCUUUAGACAGCGAUCAUUUGAUUUUCCCCAAAGCACACAAACAGUUGGUCAGUGACCUGCCAGCUGGCAGUCACUUACAAAUAGAACUUGAGCAAGAGCAGAUAGAUUGAUUAAAAUACAACGUCAAAAAUAUCUGACAGUAAUGCUGACAACUCGCAUACUCGCCUGCCUGUAGUUAUGGUCAGUAAAACGCUACUUUAUAACCGCAUCUUCCAUCAGUUCAUAUGGCAAGUCUCACAAACUGCUUAGUAUCCCAUUCAUCCUCUCAGAGUCAGGUGAAGAAAGCUGUUGUGAAUUUAAGGGUGAAGUCUUUGCCCACUUGCUCGGUUGAGUCUUAAUCAUGCCUUUGUCCUGCAGCAGUAGCUUUGCCUUAUCGGCUCCAGAUCUACCUUAUAUGAGUUCUCAUCUAGAAUUGGUAAAUGUGCAUGAAAAAUUAUACAAUAAUGAUAAGCAAUUGAUAACUGAUUGAGAAAUCAAAGAGAAAAACAGUCAUGCAGACUGCAGUCAUGGUUAACUGUGGUCAUUAACACUUGCACAAACUGGUUGAAGGUCACCUGCUGUUCAUCAGUGUUCAACAAAAAAAAAAAAGUAAGAGCAAACCUGAAAGAAUAGCAGAAUCAGUCCUAAUAUUAUCUCUCAUGAAAUAGUCUUGUGUAAUGACUUCUCGAGGCCAUAUCACACCAGUUCCGUCACCAGCCUAUAUAUAAGAUGAAAGAGGUUAGAGGAAAUUAUAAAGGUUUCGUUAGAGAAUAUUUAUAUCGCUUUCAGAAAGGAAAACAGAAACCAUACCAUUUUGAUAUCUUCUCUUAUCUGAGAUGAACACUGAAACUGCAGCUGGAAGGUGUGUAACAUUUAAAAAUAUUUUGAUAAAUGAGUUCAACAAUUAAACUAACUUUUAUUGACAGUCAUCCCACUCCAGUGAUUUAAUGCCCUGAGCACAGAUCAUUUAGUACUUUAGGUUCCAUUAGGUUGACACCCUG